AUGGUAUUCUUGGGGGUGAAGCCGAAGACAUUGAGCCUUUCAUGGACCAUCGACCCUACCGCGAACAAGGAGCUCAGCCCUGCUGCCUAUUACACCUAUGGUGGCGGCGUGGAGAAUGAAAACAGUAGCGUUGGCGGUGGCCCUCCUUCCGGUGGUCCUCCUUCUGUCACUGGUACACCGAGCGCUUAA